AUGAAUUGGAUUACCAUGAGAACUUACUUGGACAGCAAUGCAACUUUAAAAGUCCUUGGUAAACUUCUUCUUGGUCAACUAGUUUCUUCCGCAGUUGCACUCAUGAGCAUCACUGCUUCUCUCAUUGCCAAAUUUGGUGUUGAUACACCUUUAACUCAGAGCCUUUUUACAUAUGGAUCUUUAGCUUUGGUUUAUGGUAGCAUAUUGCUUUAUAGGCAUCAAAAACCUCUGGUUUCUUGGUAUUGGUAUUUAUUAUUAGGUUUUGCUGAUGCUCAAGGGUGUUACUUGGUUAUCAAAGCAUAUCAGUACAGUUCAAUUACAAGUGUAACAUUACUAUCCUGUUGGACAGUGCCUUGGGUGAUAUUACUGACAUGGGUCGUCCUUGGCACAAGAUAUUCACUAUGGCAGUUAUUUGGUGGAACGUUGUGUGUGCUUGGUCUCUCUUUAGUCUUACUUUCUGACACAUGGGAUGAUGGUGAUGGAGGUGGAUCAAAAAUUAUCUUGGGUGAUGUUCUUGUUAUUGUAGGGACAGUUUUCUAUGCAAUAAGCAAUGUUGGUGAGGAGUUUUGUGUUAAGAAAAAAGAUCGUGUUGAAGUAGUUGCAAUGCUUGGUGUUUAUGGAUUCCUAGUUACCGCCGUUGAAGUAUCUGUCUUAGAGUUGAAGACUCUGGAAUCAAUCAAAUGGUCUACAGAUAUUGUACUUGCUUUUGCUAGCUAUGGUGUAUCAAGCUUCAUGUUUUACUCACUCGCUCCCUUUGUUCUUAAGUUGAGUGGAUCAACAAUGUUUAAUCUUUCUCUUCUAACAGCUAAUAUGUGGGCAGUGGUUUUCAGAGUUUUCUUUUAUCACCAGAAGGUGGAUUGGUUAUACUUUCUCUCUUUUGCAGUUCUUGUUAUUGGUCUAACCAUUUAUUCUACAACAGAGAAAAAAUCAGUUCCUGCACCAGCUACUAUUAUUGUGGAAGAUGAGAAUCUGAACACAGAAUACCAAAUACUUAAUGGUGAAAAUGAAAGUGAAAGCAUACCAACUUGA